AUGCCCGCAACCACCAUUUUAGAUAGUCACCAAACGGUCACAUCGCUGAAGUCAAUUGAACUGAUACUAGAUAAUAACAACAAGGGUGAUAUACCAUCGAGGUAUCAGUUUAGGAACCUGACGUUCUCAAACCUCACAUGGACCUACCAACAGAACCAAUGCGGAACACCGGUUUACCAGUGUGAAAAUGUUUUGGGUCAGACGGGUCUCCCUGAGAACCCAACCCUUCAAUCACUUGACGGAAUGUUGACCGAGAUACCUCAAGAGCUGCUCAUUUUGAUAGUCGAGCACACGGGCAUAUUCACGGCGCUGGCCUUGCGAAACGCGGGUCAUGUUCCCCUCCCGCGUUCUCUUGAAAAUCUCGAACAAUUGACAUCCGAGAAAGUUGAAGCGAUUACUUGUCGAGCAGCAUCGCUCUGUGACACAUGGGAAAACCAUGCCGUCGGGACGAAAUCUGUCUGGAGAUUAGAUCUCCCCCGCUCUGUAACAUGGCUGAGGCUAGUCGAGGCGCGAUGGCUCCUUGUGGCCUCAUCAGACACCGUAUGCAGCAGCCUAGAUCUGUAUGACUUGGCAGCUCUCGAAAACAAUGGUCUGGUCCCGCUCAUAGGAUGCUACCUACCGGGGCCUAUCUUGAGCGGAGAGGCGGAAAUCCAGGACGGCCGGUUGGUACCAAUCCUUCGAGUUCUCGCCCUCUGCAAAGUGGAUGGGGGACAAAUUUUCAGUGAAGUUAGGAGCUUGGUAGGGUAUAGUGACAUCAUGCUCCUUCACAACGAUUUCGUUGUUUGUGGAACAAAGGAUAAUAUGGCUAUUCCUCAUAUUGUCUACUGGAAAACGGGGGCUUUCUACGCGGUUGAGGAUGUACUAGAUGAAAAGGGAACCCGGUUCAAGGCUUGCAUCUGGGAUAGCCUCAUCGUGACCGUUGGCGCAGUCAAUAUCAAAAUUUAUUCGCUUCCUUCACCACAGGCCCCCUCUUGCAAGAUCCAGACAUUAUCUCUGUCUACUUUCAUGUGCAGUGAAGUGGAGGAAGUCUCGUUCUUCAAGGGUGCACAUACCGUAAAUCCCCCGUCCCUUUGUUCCGAUAGGAUGGUUACACCAUCCGAGCUUUCCUGGAUCAAGCCCUUUUAUCCUACAGAUGAUUACCCGAGGGAACCCAAAGACGGCGGUAUUUGGAAGUGCACGUUGCGGCACAGCUUGAACCCAGACGCGAGCGAGCUCUAUUCCAUCUCAGACCCCGACAGAGUUUCUAGCUCACUCGCCAUGUCCUUGACCACUGGAUCAUCCGGAUGCCAUGUGCUUUGGGUAGAUGAUCCAUAUCGCUCUAAAAUCUCUCUUUGUAAACACGCUCAGGCGCCAUAUAUUGAGCAGGCAGACCUGGCUGCACUCCCGCAGCUUGCCUUCGAUUACACGUUGGGUAUUAUUGCCGUUGGUAACCUGGCUGGAGAAAUUGCCGUCAUCGACCUUGUCGGCUCCCCACUCGCAUCUCUUUUUGAAUGUGACCCCAUGCCGCUGAGUCCGCUAAGCGGAGUUCAGAGACUGGCUUCAACGAUGUACAUACCACUUGACGUCAUUCCCUCAAUAUGGAACCGCCCCACUGGUAUGAAUGCCUUUGACUACGAACAGCGUUUACUCCCGGCACGCAUCCUCGAUCUCUCCAGUUCCCAGAUUCCCGCAUUGCCCGAACAUUGGAGAGACCGCGAAUCCCUUCGCUUCCGGAGCCACCUUUGUGAAGAUACCCCGUUCAAGGACGACCUCGCCUUCAAGCUUCCGCAUUCCUACGAGUUUCUCGGGCGAGUGCAGCUGAUUCUUGACGGUGUCAUGAGCCACACACUUUUGUCCAAAGGCGGUCUCUAUUUCAUAUACACCGGUCCAGGGGAAGAGGAGUUCAUCGUGUUUCGUGGAGGGACUACCUUGAGCGACAUCUUGAACUGCAUUCGAGAUUUCCCUGAAGCUGGUCUUAGGUUUCCGUGGCUGCAUCAUGAGACGACCGUAUUUCUCUCUGUUGCCGCUGAAGAAAAGGGCGGCUGUAUGCAGGUGGCCACCAGGGCUGAGCGUUCUAAGUUGGAGAAGAAUCGAUUCCACGACAUGCGAGCCAGGGGAGGACAUCCACCGAUGUGGCUCACAAAUGGCAAGUGGUGA